AUGACGACCACUGCCGCUGUUAACUUCAUUUCCACCAAUGGGUUUCCCGCUCCUGGUCUGCGCGCCACGCAGCGACUGAUUACCGGCCACAGCGAGGAGGACGGCAAAGGCCACUUCCUUGUCACCGAUCGUGGCGACCACCACCGCAUUAUGGGUGAGAACCAAGCCGUAGCCAACAUCCUGUACUCAACCCAGGAGAACCCAGUGGAUCUCAACGACAGCAAAGAUAUCCAGUAUGCUCGCGAGAAUGAGCCAGGUCUCCACAUCCCCAACGGCACAGUGGCUCGGAUGAUCGAUUUCGGCCCAGGCGUCGAAUCUCCAAUGCACCGCGCCCUGUCCAUUGACUACGGGAUCGUGCUCGAGGGAGAGUUCGAGCUCACCCUGGACUCCGGUGAGACGCGGAUCAUGAAGCGCGGGGAUGUGAGCGUCCAGCGGGCGACCGCCCACAAGUGGAAGAAUAUCACGGGUGGGGAGACGGAGCCCGGCCGGAUGCUCUACAUCCUCCUGGACUGCAAGGAGGUGAGGGUCCAGGGCAAGCCAUUGGAGGGAUUUCUGGGCGAAUUGGAGAAGGAAUACGAAGGACGGAGUGCGUAA